AUGUCAACAACACACACCAACCCCCAGGACUCGUUGAAGUCGACCUGGCUCCAAGGCGACAAGAGCAAGUGGCGCUGGCAGCACAAGCUGCUCGCCUCGCGUCUCGACCCGACACUCGAGAUGGACGUGCCGGUACACGCCAAGACUGCGCCGAUACCGUACCUCGUCGGCUGGCCGCCGCACGCCUUUGUGCUGCUCACCGCGCUCGGCGCCAUGGGCGCGCACCAGCUCAUCCUCUACGCCACCGGGUGGCGCGCACUGCCCGGCUCGCUCGUCUUUGGCCUGUACUCGACGGCCGCGCUUCACAUGCUCGGGCGGCUGACGACGGCGCUGCGGCGCCUGGGCAAGCGCCACGGAUACCUCGACGGCGCGCACCCGCGGGCCCCCGUGCCCGACGCCGCCGUCAACGGCAUCAUCCUGUCGCUCGUCAAGCUGAUGCUCGGGCGGCCCGGGCUGACGGUGCUGCUGGCGUACCGGCCCUCGACGGCGCCGGUGGACGUCAUGGCCCGGCCGGUGUGGUGGGCGUGGCUUUUCGCGCACGUCGGGGCGUACACGCUCACGCUCGACUUCUUCUUCUACUGGUACCACCGCGCGAUGCACGACGUGCCCGCGCUGUGGGCGGCGCACCGCACGCACCACAUCAUCAAGCACCCGACGUCGAUGCUGGCGGCCUACGCCGACCACGUGCAGGAGAUGGGCGACUUGGUGGUCAUGCCGCUGCUGACGUACGCGGCGAUGCGCGUCGCGUUUGGGGACCGCUUCGACUUUUACCACUGGUGGGUGUGCCAGACGUACGUCAUGUUCACCGAGCCGUUUGGCCACUCGGGCCUGCGUGUGCUCGGGUCGCCGCCGUCCACGUUUGGCUGGCUCUGGGACCGGCUCGGCGUGUCCAUUGUGAUUGAGGACCACGACAUCCACCACCGCCGCGGCAGCAAGAAGAGCUUCAACUACGGCAAGCAGACGCUCGUAUGGGACCACAUUUUUGGCACCGUGCUCCGCCGCGAGGAGUCACAGAAUGUCGACUGGUCAAACAAGGUGUACUUUCCGAUGUCUUAG